UAGUCUUCCCGCACUGGCAUCUUUAGUUGCUUCUCACGCAUGUGUACUGUCUGCAGUCUCUGGUCAUCCCCUGUACUGUCUGCAGUCUCUGGUCAUCUCCUGUACUAUGUCCGCAGUCUCUGGUCAUCCCCUGUACUAUGUCUGCAGUCUCUGGCCAUCUCCUGUAGUAUGUCCGCAGUCUCUGGCCAUCUCCUGUACUAUGUCCACAGUCUCUGGCCAUCUCCUGUACUGUGUCCGCAGUCUCUGGUCAUCUCCUGUACUGUGUCCGCAGUCUCUGGUCAUCUCUUGUACUAUGUCCGCAGUCUCUGGUCAUCUCUUGUACUAUGUCCGCAGUCUCCGGCCAUCUGUAUUGUGUCCGCAGUCUCUGGUCAUCUCCUGUAUUAUGUCCGCAGUCACUGGUCAUCUCUUGUACUACGUCCACAGUCUCUGGUCAUCUCCUGUACUACAUCCAUAGUCUUUGGUCAUCCCUUGUACUAUGUCUGCAGUCUCUGGUCAUCUCCUGUACUGUGUCCGCAGUCUCUGGUCAUCUCC